AAAAUAAAAAUUAGCAACUCUAAACAUAAAAUGAAGUAUUCCAUUAUUAAAUUCUAUAUUUGGUGAAAUUUUUCUAAAUAAAGUUAAAAUAGAAAUAAAUAUAAUAAUAGAUGACUAAAAGGCAAAAAAGAGUCCUGCGAUUAUUUAGUGAAGGAUUUAUUCGUUUAUUGAAAUGGGUAAAAUUAAUAAACAAUUUAGUACUUGCUUACAGUAUUUAAAUACUGGAUCCCAUUAGUAAUUCCAUAAAUUCCAGCCAUCAUUUGGAAAUAAUAGCGCUAAAAAUUGUAAAGCAUAAAUUAAAAGCUAAACUUUGAAAUAUCUAUCUGACAAUGAUGUAGGAUUUUUGUAAAAAGCAAUUUCACUUAGGAC